CCAGACACGGCGGCGCGCCGGACCUGAAACAUGGCGGAUAUCCAGGCAGCGGCGGCUCGUGGCGCUCCUCCUCUUCAUCCUCCGGUACCCGCGGCGUCCCGGAACGGCUCCGGGGGGCAGACAGUAACGGCGGGACCCCGCAUCGUGCGGAUUAUUAAGUCGGAGUCGGGUUACGGUUUUAAUGUCCGCGGGCAGGUGAGUGAAGGCGGCCAGCUGCGCAGCAUUAACGGGCAGCUGUAUGCGCCUCUGCAGCACGUGAGCGCCGUGUUACCGGGAGGGGCGGCGGACCGAGCCGGGAUAUCCAGAGGAGACCGGAUCCUGGAGGUGAACGGCGUGAGCGUGGAAGGUGCUACACAUAAGCAAGUGGUGGAUCUGAUUCGAACCGGAGAGAAGGAGCUGGUGCUCGCUGUUCUGUCUGUGUCCCCGCAGGAAGUAGACUGUCUCGACUCUGGAGAGGACGGCUCAUCUCCACUUAAUUAUGACUACAGUGACAAGCAGGCGGUGCCCAUCUCCAUCCCCACCUUCAAGCAUGUGGAGCAGCAUGGAGAAAGAUUUGUUGUGUAUAAUGUCUAUAUAUCUGGCAGACAGUUGUGCUCAAAGCGCUACCGGGAAUUUUCCAUUCUGCACCAGAACCUGAAGAGAGAGUUUUCCUCUUACUCGUUUCCCAAACUUCCAGGGAAAUGGCCUUUCUCUCUCUCUGACCAACAGCUGGAUGCCCGUAGGAGAGGUCUGGAGGAAUACUUGGAGAAAGUGUGUUCAGUCAGGGUCAUUGGAGAGAGUGACAUUAUGCAAGAGUUCCUCUCGGAGUCAGACGAGAACUAUAAUGGUGUAACCGAUGUGGAGUUGCGAAUAGCCCUGCCAGAUAAGACCACCAUUUCAGUUCGAGUGCGCAAAAACAGCACCACUGACCAAGUCUACCAGGCCCUAGUGGUGACAGUUGGCAUGGACAGCAUCAUGGCCAGUUACUUUGCCCUUUUUGAAGUGAUUAACCACUCCUUUGUCCGUAAGUUGGCCCCUAACGAGUUCCCCCACAAGCUGUAUGUGCAGAACUACACGUCAGCGGUGCCAGGGACCUGUCUGGCCCUGCGCAAGUGGCUCUUCAGUACAGAGGAGCAAGAGCUUCUCCAGGACAGUCCUCUAGCUCUGCAUUACUGCUUCCACCAGGCUCAGGAAGAUGUGAAGAAGGGAUUCAUCAAGCCAGAAGAUAAAUCCUAUCAGCUUCAGAAGCUUGCUGAGCAGAGAAAGACGGCCAUGUAUCUGAAUUUGUUACGCACGUGUGAGGGCUAUAAUGAAGUAGCGUUCCCCCAUUGCUCAUGUGAUUCCCGGAGGAGAGGUCAUGUGAUCGCUGCUGUCAGUAUUCACCACUUCAAACUGCACGCUUGCACUGAGGAUGGCACGCUAGAGAACCAGGUUAUAGCUUUCGAAUGGUCGGAGAUGCAGAGGUGGGACACAGACGAGGAGGGAAUGGCAUUCUGCUUUGAAUAUGUCCGAGGGGAGAAAAAGCCUCGCUGGGUCAAAAUCUUCACUCCUUAUUUUAACUACAUGCACGAGUGCUUCGAGAGAAUUUUCUGUGAGCUCAGCUGGACGAAAGAGGUGGAAGAUGAGGCCUCGGAGAAAGACAAGAAUUGCAAUGAGUACCUCCCUCCUUUGGAGCAGCAGAAAGGAUGGCACCACCUAGGGAAAGAAAUUGCCACCUCUUAGGAAGAUGUUUCUCUGGACACCAGAAUAAACUGAGCUGGACCACCAUACUAGAACAAAAAAAUACAACCACCAUGUUACCAGGGCAGCAACCCGGGUUCUGUUGAGCUGCAGAGGGUUCUGUAGUCCUGCCACAAUCUCCUUGGCAACUGAGAAUUAUUUCCAGAGCAACGCACAUUUACAGCUAAAUAAGGGAUGUUGCUACAGAUGUACAGCACAUCAAAAUAUUGUGGUCAUGACAUCAGUAAAUACAUCUCCUUAUAACUUUACAUUAUGUUGAGUAGAAAUGCAAAAAAUUGCUUAGUCCUAGGAACAGUCUCUCAUUUCCCCACUGGCCGGCCACAGCGCAAGACGGUGUUAAUUAAAGAAGGGUGUGUUGUCACCAUUCAUCAUCUUUUAGAAUAGUCGCCAUGACUGAGUCCCGACUCUCAAAAGAGCAGAUUUAGAUUUGGACCAUUUCCAUAGAAAACCUUUCACCGCAUUGAUUAAAAGUAGUUGAACUCGAAGAGCUUUUCUUAAUAUGAAAUUUAAGAUCGCUAAAGUAGGUUUGGACAUAAAGGUGGUUUGAAACGAGUUUAAUUUCAUCAGUAAACUGCAUGAACCCCAAGGCUUCAUCUUGAAUAAUGCUUGGAACGCUUGUGGGCCGUUAGAUUCUCUUUAUGAAGCACGUGGUUAAGUUCGGUUAUCGGUGUUUUUCUGGUCGCAUCUAAACGAUGCGGUGUAAGAGUCGUACUGUUUGGAUGCAUGGGAUUGAACAGAAGAGCUACAAAUACUGAAGGACGUCUGAUGAGUGUAAACCUUUUCCAAACCCGUUUCUGUUCUUAACUGGAGGAUCUUGGAAAGCUGGCAAUAGAAACAAACUCGGCUGUAACGUGACAACAGUUGUCUAGGAACGUUCAGGAUAUUGAGGUGCAGUUCUCUCGUAUUCUGAAAGGGGGCAGCAAUACUCCAUGUACUACAAAUGAAAAUCUCAGUCUUGUGUUGGAGCGUUUGAACAUUAUUUAAAAGAAAAAAGUAUAGCAUUUUCAGCUCUUUACACGUGUGUGUGUGUGUGUGUGUGUGUGUGUGUGUGUACAGGAGCAGAUGAGUACGAGUCUGGGUUUGGUCCCUAAUGAGUGGUUAAACAGGGAUCUUCAAGUAUUUAAAGCAAUCAUUCCCUGGGGGUUGAGUAGAGAAGUGCAUGCAGUCCAUUAACUAUAUCAGGGGUCCAGUGAGACUGAGAACAAAGAGCAAGGAGAUGGUUAUAGAUUUACAAAAAGAAAAUCUUUCAUUAAAGUACCACUGCUGUCUGUCUGCUUAGAAAACUAGAAGCAAUCUGAAUCUCUUACGCUACGUUCACACUGCAAGGCUUAAUGCUCAAUUCCGAUUUUUUUGUGAAAUCCGAUUUUUUUGUGAGGUCGUUCACAUUAACAAAUAUAUGCGACUUGUAUGUGAUCCUCAGUAUGAACGAAAAGCGACCUAAAAGUGUUCCGCAUGCGCAUUGCAGGAUACGACGACGUCACACGCAGUGAGCAUGGCCAGUGUUUACGGAAGUAAAACCGCCCGGUUGCGGUAUGACCCAUCCAAUCUAGCUUGAAUAGCUGCAUCCCCCCAAAUGGAAAUCAGCUCCCUAACCUCUGCGUCCUUCCAUUGAGAAGAUUCAGAACCUUCACAGCCCGAAGCGUCCCUCGCAUUGAUGUCAUGCGCCAUGUUGUUGUAACUUUUUUUGAGAGACCCGCCGCCUACUUCAGCGCAGAAUAGUGACGUUCGUGGCUUGUUGAUGACGUGUAAGUCGGAUGAAUGCGACCUGGCGGUUCAGACUGAAGUCGCAUAUGAAAAGAGCGGAUAGGGAUCGGAAUUAGGACCACAUAUCCAAACGGCCUGGGUCGGAUUUGAAAAAAUCGGAUCUGUGUCGUUCAUAUUGUCAAUAAAAGAUCGGAUACAGGUCACAUAUGGGCGAAAAGAUCGGAUUUGAGUCACUUCAGCCUGCAGUGUGAACGUAGCCUUAAACACCACAUGGUAUAUAGCAGGUUAAUUCAGUAUUUUAGAAUUUAAAAAAGUGUUUUCUUGAUCAAGAUUUCCCUCCUUCCUUCCCUGUGUGUGGGUGUGUGUUCCAUAGUGCUUCCGUCUAACAAAAGAAAGAAAAUGGGACUGAACCCCUCAUUAUUCAAAUCUUACUUUAGCAAAUUUGAAGACGACUCCACACCCAGUGUUAACGCCAUUAUACCUGCCAUUUCUGUGUGGGUGUGUCUUUAUCCAUCAAACGCAUUGGCUUAGGUUCCAUGAUAAUUUUUAAUUUUGAAAAGAAUAGAAUAACAUGUAGGCACAUAUUCCACAUUGUGACUGUCUGGGUUUUUGUUUUUUUUUUUCCCCCACAGCCCCAGGAAUCACUGGUUAUUUUGUGAUGUUCAUUGUGCAUUUGUCGAAAUAAUAACCAGUGUUACACAAAGCAGGCUGUAUGUUUUUGUGGUCAUCCAAAACGUCUAAAAAUAAUACAGAUGUACCACAAUGUAUUUGCAAACCAAAUCAUUUCACCCAUCUGGAGUAAAACCUGGCAGCUGAAACGUGAAACACAAAAGGACCACAGUGGAUUGAUGAAGAGCUCUACUCAUGAAAUUUAAAAUGGCUUCCGACUUUUAGAUCAUAUUUAUAUAUUUUUAUUUUAUUUCUCCACCUCAGUUGUAUGACAUGUCUGGAGGGUUUCGUCAGAUGAUGAACUGGUCAGAAGAUGCAUUCGUCGGAGUUUUUCUUGUAUUACUUAUGUGUGCUUUUAACAGUAUUCACUAUAGCCUUUGAUUGAAAUGAUUUUUUUUUCCUGUUUAAUCAAUGUUAAUGAAGUCUAUUUGUGAUAGGUAAUUGAACUGAGGCUCUUUAGGGCUUGAAUUGGAAGGUAUUUAAUUUAUAAGUGGAAAAAGAAACUGAUGCUUUUUUCAUACAGCUUUGUUUAAAAAAAAACAAACUCGCCAUUGGUGAAUGAUAGUUUUAUAUCAAAUGUUUGAAAUGAUUUCACUAACCAAUAUAAAGUUCUAAAAGCUUGGCUUGGAGAAAAUGCCAUGUAGAAUAAAACAUUUAACAUAAUUUUAAAUAAAACUUGAAAAUGAUUGCCUUUUUUUUCAGGAGCGAGGUGUGCCUGUUCACUGCUGGCAGUCUGAGUAUUCUGUAUUCCCAAAUGUUCUUCCAGAGAGAGAUGAAUCUAUCCUGCCUUCCCCCCUCUUUUCCUUUGAAAGCUCUUGAAGCUGCUGAUAACGUAGUUAAGAUUUGACCUGUUUUCUGUUCUUGGACCCUUAUAUGGGGCUGAAGGGAUGUAGAUCAUUGUAGACACACGUACAAUAGGAGUGUGUAUAAGAAGCUUCCAAAAGUACUGGAACAGCAAGGCCAAUUUUUCUUUGCUAUACACAAGGGUUUGAGAUUUAAAAGGGGAAAAAAAAGAAUAUAAGAAAUUCUGAUCUAUUUUCAGCUUUCCUUUCCAAUACUUUCCUGUCCAUCACUGAAAGCACAUGCAAUAGGUACGUAAGCAUCCGAACUGGACCAUGGAGCAGUGGAAGGUGGCUUGGUCUGAUAAAUCACGUUGCCUUUUACAUAAUGUGGACAGUCGGAUGUGUGUGCAUCGCUUAUCUGGAGAAGAGAUGGCACCAGGAUGCACUAUGGGAAGAAAUUGAGCCAGCAGAGGCAGUGUGAUGCUCUGGACAAUGUUCUGCUGGGAAACCUUGGGUCCUGGCGUUCAUGUGGGUGUUACUUUGACAUGUGCCUGAACAUCGCUGCAGACCAAGUUCACCCCUUCAUGGCAAUGGUAUUCCCUAAUGGCAGUGACCACUUUCAGCAGAGUAAUGCAUCCUGACAUGGUGCAAACACCUGUUCAGAAAUGGUUUGAGGAUCACUACUGAGUUAAUGGUGUUGACUCUGCCUCCAAAUUCCCCAGACCUCAAGCCGAUCAGAAUCUGUGGGAUGUACGUACUGGACAAACAAGUCCGAUUCACAGAGGCCCCACCUCACAACUUGCAGGACUGAAAGGAUCUGCUGCUAACAUCUUGGUGCCAGAUACCACAGCACGCCUUCAGAGGUGUCAUGGAGUUCAGGCCUCGAUGGCGAAUAAGCAAAUUAUCUGCCAGUAGAAUAAGACCAUUUCAGACUUGAACGGAGUAAACAGAAAUGUACUUAAUUUUAUAUGUUUGAAUCUAAUAUAAUGGAGAAUUAUUAUCAGAGCACUUUUUCAAUGGAAUAAAAAUAAGUUUUAUUCCCUUCUAA